UGUAAACAAACAUGGCCACUUUUAUUUCGUUUCCUCGAUAUUGAAUCGUAAAAAAAUGAUGUUUAAGGGUCCCAUCUAGUACAUAUUGAUUCCGGAAAAUGAAAGAGGGUUGCAAAAGAAUCAGGCGUUCUUGUAAUUAGUUUACUGAAGUAGGGUAUGGUAUACAAAGGAACUAAAAUGGCUGCAUCAUGAGUUUUGUAAGCAUGUGUCGCCUCCCAUCAACUCAUCUUGGGAGGCGGGACAGACCUGGAUUCUACAGGAAUUCCUUUCAUCCGAGGCGAGGCAGUGCUGCAUAUGGACAAGCGAGGACCAAUUGGAAAGACGAGCCAGUGUGGACCAAAAAGUUAUGGCUACGUGUUUUCUUUGCUUACACCCUUGUGGCAGUGCUGGGACUGACGUUUGUCAUUUUGGGGGGGAUUUAUGUUGAACAUGCCUACCACCAUCAGAUGACAUCCUUGCCUUUGCUAGUUUGCAUUUUAGCCAUAGUUGCUGGGUUGAUCAUGAUAUUAGGGAGUUUUGUCCUUGGAAAGCUAUUCAUUUCAAAGAAGUGGAAGCAACAUCGACAUCAUGAACGUUGCCGGGCAAACAGGACCAAUAGAAUUGCCAAUGGGGAAGACCCAGAUUCUGACCUGCCAAGUGAGCCACCACCUCCGUACACCCCUUAUGGAGACCCCUCCACGUACGACCAACAACCCAGUGAACCCCCAAGAAGAGUGAUCGUUACCAGCUCUCCGAACUCUCUGGGCAGCAUAAGUGGAAUUCUGACUCCUCCCGAAUACUGCAUGGAGCCACCGUCAUACAUUCACACACCUCCAAGUUAUGCAGAAUCUACCGCAGAAGUCCACAUGCCACCACGAUGACAACAGUAACUCAGUUUGAAUCAGUGACUGUGUCAACUUCUUCAUUGACCUGUCAGCUUUACUACCUCUUUUUUCUUCUUUAUUGCAUUGACAGGCUCAGUUGUGUAGCACUAAGUCACAUGUAUGGGCCGGUUAUGACCGGGGCAUUUUCACCUUGAGGUAAUCUGUUCUUGUAUUUGGGAUGUAUACAGUUACAUAUGAGUGCAUAAAUCAGGAAGGAAGGCUUUUGAAUGCAAGUUACUUCCAUUGACUGAUCACAGCAGGGAUUCUAGUGCAGAGACUGAACUGUGCAAUGUUAUUUUCUAUCACAUCUAACUUUUAUGAGUUGUCCGCACAAAAGUUACUGAAAACUCUCUUUGAUCCUGGGUUCUGCUCUGUCGGCUCAGCUGCAUGUGCAACUCAAGCGCACCGUCCAUAUCUCGGUUGAGAAAAAUCGAGAUGCCACAAUUGCUGCUGCCGAAAUGAGGCAGUGUCUAUAAUACACAUAACAUUGUAAUCAGCAACGUGUGUUAAGAAUGUUGUUGUCAUUGAGAGUUGGUUCAGGUGCGUUCAGUUUUGUAGCCUUAUUGUGGUCAAUUCAUAUGUCGUUGGCAAUGUACGUUAGUCUACAAAAAUCUUAUUUAUCAUUUCUUAGUUUAUGAUUCUGAGAUUUGUAGCUCAUGUUUUUGUUACAAUGGUAAUAGUCUGCAUGUUAUGAUACAUUUAUGUUUGAAAACACUUGAUGGACUUGUAGAAGAAAAUACUUUUUUCGUUUGGUGUAUUCAAUUUUGUAAAGUAUGUGUAUGAUAAAGGUGCAGAAAAUGCAUGGAGUUAAUCAGUGACCAAUGCCUACAGCGAUGUACAUGUUCAAGUUGAUAACUAAAAUGGUGGACCACAAGUCCAAGUUUCUACUGUCAUAUGAAUAAAAACUGCUGCAGUUACCUUGUCAAUGGGCAAAGGUAGAUGCAAACUCUGUGGACCGAGUUUUGAAAUAAUCUGUUCUGAAAUUUUGAGGAGCAGAAAGCUGACAUCUGGCUCCUCUUGUUUCUGUCAUAUCAAAAACAAAAACUGCUGCAGUUGUCAGUCGAUUGUUGAUCUAAUUGCUGCUAUUCAAACUCAAGGGACCUGCAUGUGCAGAGUACAGUAUGAUUGUCAGGUUUUCAACAUUGCUUGAUUGUUCCCAUCUGACUGUUUACAAACAUUUUGGACUGGCAAAAAUAUAUAAGCAAGCCGAAAAAUUAAUAUCUCUGCAAAUAUUUGGGGCUCGCUUACAUAUUUUUGAUGCUGGGCAUGUUGUCUGCUUUUGUUUACCUUAUCUUGUGCAUCUUUUGUAUACAUAAAUGGAGGGGUGAUUUUCUUUGCAGACCCUGUGCAUUUCGAUGUGCAUUUAUUUCUCUUUUGUGUUAGACUUAGAGUUGAUACUGGAUAUUUCCUGUCAGUGUACUCUUUACAUUUAUUGUCCGAACAAGUUGUUAAGAGGAGGUGUGCCAGAUACUGCCUCCCUGCCAUGAAUAUAGUUUCGAAGGGCACUUCAGACUUUGCUACUUAAAGUGGACAGUGGAUUUCUCAAAUGAAAAUUUGGUGGUUUACAAUUACAGAGAUGGUGAUUGUUAUUUACUGUGAUGUAUUUCAUUGUUGUUAGAUGUUUUCCAUAGAGUUUUUAUUUAAAAAUAUUAUACAUGUGCUAUCCAGUUGAGACAGGCCUGAGCAUUGAACUGGGAGAAUAUUUUACUUCUUUAUACAUGUACAUGAAGGCCUGUAUCUAGUUUCCUUUGAUGGGAUACCUCAUUCACCAGUAUUUAUUCUUACUGUAUAUCUUAUGUCAAUGCUCAUGUCAUGGUGAGGAUUGGAAUCUGUUUUUUCUUAGAGUCACACUCUGGUAGAGUUGGUGGAGUAUUUGCCCCAUAUGAUGCCAGGGACCAACUUCUGGUAGCAAGGUAAGCUCACCGUUUGAUGGUGAUGUGAUUUCCAAUGCAAAAGAAAGAUUUUGUAGAAGGGACCAACUUGGGGAAUCAGUCUGUUGAAAAUGUUUGUAAUCAUGAAUGUUUUCAAUUGGCCAAUCAUGCAAUGUUUUUUACGAGCCAUUAAUAUUUUGUGGCUAUGGGAUUUUGCAAUUUUAUGACAUGAAAA